AUGGAUUCUCUCAACCUCACUAGCAGCUAUGCCUUUCAAGAGAGCGACAUCCAGCUGCUGCAGACAGGAAAUUUUGCCGAUGGCAUCGUGAAGUGUCAGGAUCGCACUUGGAAGGUCCAUCGCGCACUGUUGGCAUCAAGGCUCAAGUUCUUCCAGGUCGCUUUCUACGGCUCAUUUGCUGAGGCCAUCUCUGGGGAGGUCAACUUUCCUGAAGCGGACCCCGAGUCAGUCGAAGUCAUGCUCCGACAUCUCUACCGUCAAGAGGUCGACGUGAAAGAUCUGAAAACUCCUGCUUUCUGCGUCCGCUGCUGGAGAUUCGCCGAUUACCUCAAUCUGGAAAGCCUUAAGGCCGUGGCGAUCGCGACACUCGGACAGCAUUUCGACGCGUUGGCCUUGUUGGCCUCUAACGUCCAGGGUAAUGCUUGCAUCCGGCCUAAGUGGAUGACGUUUCUUUUCGAAGCCUUUCGCGAGGUUUCUGUUGACGAAAGUACAAAGCCGCUUUACUGCAUCUUUGCCACCUUUCUGUUGGUAACAAGAUUCCAAUUACUCAAACUUCCUAAGACGUUGGACUUCCUGAAGCAUUGUCACGGCGUAAACAAGGAGCUUCUGAAGCUACUUGCUUGGGAUUUUCGCGACGAUAGGCCUGUCUGGAUCCCCAGAGACAUAGAUAUCGAGCAGCUCACGGGAAUUGCAAGGCCUUUCUUUCACGGCUCGGUCUCUUGCCCAGGCCCAGAUUGCAUCAGAGGCGAGUCGCUGGCAGACCAGUAUGAGAUAUUCUACAACCCCUUCCCACUCGACAGCACACCUAUCGGAAAAUUUGUCUGGUGCAGGAAGUGUGUACACAAAAUCAAUGAAGAGCGCCGAUGGCCAUGGCGAAGCGGUGGUGGAUGGAAAGAGGGGGAGAAGAUCAGUCUGGAAGCAUGGAGCUGGUAA